CCUCUCUGUUUCUCCCUCAAACCCCUGUACAGCGGACCAAAAACCCCUGGCGAUAGACAGAGACUCCCGACCCCACAUGGCCUUCGCUCCAUCCAUCAACGCUUCUUGCUCCGCUCGGCUCCGCUCCUGGGUGCCCCAGAAGCGCCUCUUCCUCUGCACUGAUCACGAACCCGCCAGCCUGAAGUUCUCUCUUCCCGGGACCCGCCCGUCUCGCUCCUCCUCCGCGCUCGCUCUCGCUCGCCGUCGCAAGCACGACGCUCCCGUCGCGAAGAAGAAGAAUAAGGGCAGGAGCAAGCAAAUUUUGCCCAAAAGUAAUGAUGAGGAAGAGGAGGAUUUGGAUGAGGAUGCGUUUGAAGCGCUAUUCAAUCAGCUCAAGCAAGAUCUCAAAAAUGAUGGACUAACAUUGGACGACAACGACGACGAUAUAAGUGAAGAAGACCUUGCUAGGCUCGAGCGUGAGUUGGAGGAGGCCUUAGGUGGUGAUGACCUGGAAAUGUUUGCUGGUCCUUUGGAUAACUCAGAAGUUGAUGAUCAUGCUGAAGCGGAAGAUGGUGGCGAUGAUGACGAUGAUGUUGAGAGCCCAGUUGAACUAAAAAGAUGGCAACUUAGAAGAUUGGCUGUUGCUCUGAAAGCUGGUCGUCGGAAAACUAGAAUUAAAAGUCUUGCUGCUGAGCUGUGUCUUGAUCGAUCUAUCAUUCUUGAACUGCUGCGAGAUCCCCCUCCAAAUCUUUUAUUGAUGAGUGCUACAUUACCUGACGAACCUGCACAAGUGAGAACAGUCCUUGAAGCUGAAACCGCACCAAUCGAUGUUGCUCCUCAUGAGACAACAGCAGAUUCUGCAGACCCUGAACCUGAACCCAAACCCAUUGAGAAGGUGCCUCUUCAUGUAAUGCGGCAAAGGUGGUCAGCGCAGAAGAGAUUGAAGAAAGUGCAAGUUGAAACUCUGGAAAGAGUUUACAGAAGAACAAAGCGCCCAACUAAUGCAAUGAUCAGCAGCAUUGUGCAAGUGACCAGCCUACCCCGGAAGAGAAUCGUGAAAUGGUUUGAAGACAGACGUACUGAAGAUGGAGUUCCCAAAGAACGACUUCCUUACGAAAGACCCGUGCCUGAAACUGUUUCUUGAAAAUGGAUCUGUAAAGCUGUAUCAAUUUUUUUUUCGUUCUGUGAACUGGUGAACGUUUAGCCAUAUGUGCAGCACCAUUCGUGAUAUCAUAAUGAUAUAACGACCCAGUUGAUGCAGUAAAUCUCAUGCUUCAUGA